AUGGCGUCUUCAUCUCAGUUUAAGCAGUUAGAGAAACUGGGAAAUGGAACUUACGCGACUGUUUAUAAAGGACUGAACAAAACAACCGGCAUCUAUGUGGCACUGAAAGAAGUCAAACUUGAUUCUGAAGAAGGAACUCCGUCAACUGCGGUUCGUGAAAUAUCACUAAUGAAAGAGCUCAAGCACGAAAACAUAGUAAGGCUCUAUGAUGUAAUUCACACCGAAAACAAGCUUACGCUGGUUUUUGAAUUUAUGGACAACGAUCUUAAAAAGUACAUGGACUCGCGUAUCGUUGGUAAUACGCCGUAUGGAUUCGAGAUGAGCUUGGUCAAGUACUUCGAGUGGCAGCUAUUGCAAGGUGUCGCAUUCUGCCAUGAAAACCGCAUUUUGCACCGUGACCUUAAGCCCCAAAAUCUACUUAUUAAUAACAAGGGACAGCUGAAACUUGGAGACUUCGGACUUGCUAGGGCUUUCGGGAUUCCGGUAAACACCUUUUCCAGCGAAGUUGUGACUCUGUGGUACCGUGCCCCUGACGUAUUGAUGGGCUCACGAACAUAUUCGACAUCGAUCGACAUCUGGUCCUGCGGCUGCAUCCUUGCAGAAAUGAUCACAGGGAGACCACUCUUUCCCGGAACUAAUGAUGAAGAACAAUUGAAACUGAUUUUUGAGACCAUGGGCACUCCUACAGAACGGACUUGGCCAGGAGUUUCAACCCUGCCAAAAUAUAAUCCUCGGCUGCCACAGCAUCUUCCUAAGGAUCUUGGGGCUCUUCUGCAAAGCCAAACACGAGAGAAGAUGGAGCUAACUUUAAUUGAUCUCUUGUACGGUCUUUUACAGUUAAACCCAGACAGAAGGCUGAGCGCAAAACAAGCACUAAACCACCCAUGGUUCGCUGAGUACUAUCAAUAA